AUGCGUCUCUGGGUCAAGACGCGGGGCUGCUCAGGCGGAUGGACAAAGCACAACCGGCCGAUCGAGCUGGCUGAGGCUGCCUGGUUUACGAGGGCGCAGAGCCGUCAGGAAAGGGUCAGGACUCACACCUCCAGGUUCGACGAGCGAAAAGCGACGAGCCUCGCCGGCGAAAGAGACAGACUCAAAAGGGAGAUAUAUCAAGCACGACAGCAAGCUGCAGCAGUGUUCUGGCAGAAGAUGCAGGUGGUGAAGGAGGAGGAGGAGGAAGAAGUGAGAGAGGUGAAGUCGAGGUGGAAGUUGGUGCAGGAAGAAGAGGAAGAAAAAAAAGACGACGAGGUCCUAGGGCGGUCACGACGGCAGUAA